AUGCAGGAUCGAGAGAGUCAGCGCUAUCCCGCCCACGACGUCGAGCGCGACAAGCACCGCAACGUCAUCACCCGCGCGCGCUUCAUCAAGGAGUCGCUCGAGCAGGCCGGCUACAGCCUCGUCCCCUGGGACUUCAAGAAGGGCAAGCCGCCGAAAUUCUGGGAGCGUGGAACAAUGGACGAGGAGGACGACGAUCUCUACGGGCCCUCCGAGACGACGGCGCCCGCCGAGCAGAAGAAGGAGGAACCGAAGAAGGAGAGCGACGACGAGGGCGGCGAUGAGCCCAUGGACGAGGGUCUAGAGUCUGGCGAGGAGGAAGACGAGGAAUCCAGCGAUUCUGCUAACAAGGCUCAGGACCUCGAAAUCAUCAUCGACAAGCCGCAAACCGCACCAAAGCCAGUCCAGUGGGUACUCCAUGACGAUGCAGACGAGCCCUCCAGCUCGCUAACAGUCCGCCAAAGACCAGCCCAGCCCCAAGAAUCCAAGGCCAUCAAGAUCGAAGCGCCGCCCCAGCCGUCCUCCACACCCUCGCAAGCUCCCAAGUCAAUAGUACCGCAUCUGCCCUCGCAGCCAGGAACCGCCUACCCCAUUGUCCACACCUCCAACGUUGACGUCAACGCCGACCCCGUCUACCCGCCCCUCGGCAAACCCCUCUCGCAAAUCGACAUGGACGCCGACCUCGCUGAGACCACGAAGCCAUGGCGUCUGCCCGGUGCCGAUCAGUCCGACUACUUCAACUAUGGCUUUGAUGAGUUCACCUGGGAAAUGUAUCGGCAGCGCCAACAAAACAUGGUGGACCAGCUAGCCGCACAGAAAGCCGAGACCGCGCAGUUCCAGCAGUUCUUUGGCAUGGGCGGUGCACCGUCGUCUGGCGCCGGAAAUGCUGCUGUGCCUAGCGCACCGGCCGGGCCUCCUGCUAGUGGUGGUGGUGGCGGCGGCGGCGGUGGAGGAGGUGCUAGUGCAGCUGCAGGUGCCGGAAUGGGUGGUAUGCCGCCAGGUGGAAUAAGCGAGGAGCAGAUGGGCAUGAUGUUCCAGCAAAUGAUCCAGUCCGGCAUGGAUCCUAACAACAUAGACUUCGGUACAUUCAUGCAGAUGGCGGGGCAGGGUAUGGGCGGCUUCGGGGGAGCCGGGGGGCAGCCAGGUGGUGGCUAUGGCGGAGGAGGGGGAGGCGGCCAACCAAGUGGUAGCGGUGGUGGGGGUGGGGGUGGAGGCGGCAGAGGAAGGGGAGGGAGAGGGAGAGGUUGGUGA